CGUGACUCGGCCGGGGCGCCGCGGCGCGGGCCGGGAUGGAGUGAGGGGCGAGCGCUGGACAGACCGCGGCCCUGCGGCCCCCGCCCGUGUCUCGCUCCGCCCCGGGUCUAUGCGGCCCCCCGGAGACCAUGGGAUCCAGGAUCAAACAAAAUCCAGAAACUACCUUUGAGGUGUAUGCAGAAGUGACCCACUCAGGAAUCAGCUGCAUUGGGAAAGAUCCUGAGGUGCGGAGGCAAUUCCCAGAGGGCUACAGUGACCAGGAAGUUCUUCAGACUCUGACCAAGUUUUGUUUCCCCUUCUAUGUGGACAGCCAUGCCAUUAACCAAGUUGGGCAGAACUUCACCUUUGUGCUCACAGACAUUGACAGCAAGCAGAGGUUUGGCUUCUGUCGCUUAUCUUCAGGGGCCAAGAGCUGCUUCUGUAUCUUAAGUUACCUCCCGUGGUUUGAAGUCUUUUAUAAACUGCUCAAUGUCUUGGCAGAUUAUUCAGCGAAAGGACAGGAUAGUCAGAGGAGUGAGCUCUUGGAAACAUUUCAUAAACUUACCAUCCCUGAGCCAGGAACCUCUGUUCAUCUUGGAGUGCACUCUUACUUUACUGUGCCUGACACCAGAGAGCUUCCCAGUAUACCUGAAAAUAGAAAUCUGACAGAGUAUUUUGUAGCAGUUGAUGUCAACAACAUGCUGCAUCUCUACGCCAGUAUGCUGUACGAGCGCCGCAUCCUCAUUUGCUGUAGUAAGCUGAGCACUUUAACUGCCUGUAUCCAUGGGUCUGCAGCCAUGCUCUACCCGAUGUUCUGGCAGCACGUUUACAUUCCUGUCCUGCCCCCACAUCUCCUGGACUACUGCUGUGCCCCCAUGCCCUACCUCAUUGGAAUACACUUAAGUCUGAUGGAGAAAGUAAGAAGCAUGGCCCUGGAAGAUGUGGUGAUCCUUAACGUAGACACCAACACACUGGAAACCCCUUUUGAUGACCUCCAGAGCCUCCCCAAUGAUGUGGUUUCUGCACUGAAGAACAGAUUGAAGAAAGUCUCUACAACCACUGGAGAUGGUGUUGCAAGAGCGUUUCUAAAAGCACAAGCAGCUUUCUUUGGGAGCUACAGAAACGCCCUGAAAAUUGAACCUGGUGAGCCCAUCACUUUCUGUGAGGAGGCGUUCGUGUCGCACCGCUCGUCUGUGAUGAGGCAGUUCCUGCAGAACGCCAUCCAGCUGCAGCUCUUCAAGCAGUUCAUUGAUGGACGUCUGGAUCUGCUGAACUCUGGAGAGGGCUUCAGUGACGUGUUUGAAGAGGAGAUAAAUAUGGGAGAAUAUGCAGGUAGCGACAAACUGUACCACCAGUGGCUGUCCACAGUGAGGAAAGGAAGUGGAGCCAUUUUAAACACAGUAAAGACCAAGGCUAACCCUGCCAUGAAGACUGUCUAUAAGUUUGCAAAAGAUCAUGCAAAAAUGGGAAUAAAAGAAGUGAAAAACCGCUUGAAGCAAAAGGACAUUGCUGAGAACGGGUGCUCGGCAGCACCGGAGGAGCCCCUGCCAAGGACAGCACCAUCACCACUGGCUGAGAAGAAAGACCCAAAAAUAAGAGAGGACAGAAGACCAAUCACAGUACAUUUUGGUCAGCAGUACAGACUCCGCCCGCCGCGCCCGCCGCCCCCAAAGAUCCAGCGCUCCUCCAGGCCCGUUCGUCCCCCAAGACCUCAUGUGGUUAAGAGGCCCAAGAGCAACAUUGGUGUGGAGGGCCGGAGGACCUCAGUUCCCAGCCCAGAACACCUUGUAAAGCCCAUGCGACACUAUACAGUCUUCCUCUCUGAGGACUCCUCUGAUGAUGAAUUUCAGCAGGAAGAGGAUCCUGUCUCUGGCUUCUCUGAAAACUUUUUCUUCUCUGCUCCUUUCGAAUGGCCUCAGCCGUACCGGGCGCUGAAGGAGUCGGACAGUGCCGACGGAGAGGACGUGGGCAGCCCAGAGAAGGGCAGAGAGCCGCUGCCCCCCAGCCCCCUGCUCUCCAGCAAGGCCUCAGAAGUCAACCUGCUGGAAGAAAUCUUCCCCAGCUUGGGGGUAGAAGCACAGCCCCAGCCCCUGAGCCAGGCCAAGAGCCUGGAGGACCUGCGGACACCUAAGGAGGAGGCGGAGCAGCGCUGCUCCUUUGAAUACCAGAGAAUGGAUCUUGGUGUGUCCGAGAGGAACAGGAUUGUGCCAAGCAUGAAGCUGUCCCACCCUUACAAUAAGCUGUGGAGCAUGGGCCAUGAUGAUAUGGCUAUUCCCACCAAAUACUCCCAAAGCUCACCCGAAAGACCCUUGGCAGUCCUGGGUAACAUGCCCCCCAUCAUCAGGAGACCCCAGAGCAGAGACAGUGGUCUGGCUCCUGCAGAAAAGGAUGAAUCCAAUCCCACCAUUCAAGGGAACAUCACCAUUCCUAGGCCACAGGGAAGAAAGACUCCAGAACUGGGGAUUGUGCCACCACCACCAGCACCCAGGGCUUCCAAGCACCAGGCUCCAGGGGGGUCAGCGGAAAUCCUCACCCCCCAUGGGCGCAGCCACUUGGUUUCAGAUCUUAUCCCAGAGCCCUUUGGGGCUGGGAAUGUGUCCUUAGACCCCGAAAUGCAGCAGGCUGUAAAUCCCUCCUCUCGCCCAUCGCAGCUGCUGUGCAGUGCCGCCGGCUCCGCUGAGAUGCUGCAGCCCGUGCGGGUGAAGACGGAAUGUGCAGGGAACGAGAGCGAGCUCCUGCUGAGCCUGCUGGACCCACUGAGAACCACGGGCUGGCCAGGCCCAGCCCCUCCAGGCCCAGCCCUGCCAGGCUCAGCCCCUCCAGGCUCGGCCCCCACGCCCACCUUCAGCUCCCUGCCAAGUGACUUUGUGCCUCCUCCAGCUGCACCCUUUGCCCAGCCCCUUGGCUACCCUGCCCCAGCUGCAGCACCUUUUCUGCAGCCCUCCCCAAAUCCAUUCACCCAGACACUGCCAGGAGCCCUUCCAGUGUCCCUGGUCAGGCCCCUGAGGGGCUCAUUCACCCCCUCCUUAGGUCACGCUUACAGCUCCAGCUUCAUAAGCCCCACUGCCAGCUUCUAUCCACCACAGAGACCUCAGCCCCACAUGGCCACUCUGUCCAUGCCAAACCUGUUUAGCCAGGCUCCAGCUGUGCCAGCAGCUGGCUCCUUGCUCCUGCAGCACCACAGCCCUUCUCCCACCAGCUCCCUGCAGCCAGCGUGUCUGGGUGCUCCCUCCAAACCCCGAACGCUGCAGGUGGGCCAGCCCAGCACAAAGGUAGAUCCCAAACAAUCCCUGGCUCUUCUGGCUGGUGAACCCCCUCUGGUCCCUGCCAGGCCAGCCAAGGGCUUGGAGUCGGUGUUACUGUCCUCAAAAUCUGAGGAGACAAAAGAUCCAUUUGAAGAUCUGUUAAAAAAGACCAAGCAGGACGUGUCACCCACACCAGGUAAGGUGGAGCAGCUCAGAAAGCGAUGGGAAACCUUUGAGUGACGCGCCCCAUGGCCUCGGUGUCCUUAGGGAAGUGACAGAGGGAUUUUUUGGUUUUUUUGAGCCAGCGUAAAACCAAGCAUUUCUUUUAAGGAAGGCUGAGCCAGGAGCGCUGCAGGACCAUCGCUGAGCUGCAACUCAACACGAGAGCUUUUGCCCACAGGUCAGAGUCCCCCGUGUCCCAGUCCCUGGCACUGCUCCCUCACUCCCCACCACUGAACCCUGGGAUUCCUGCACUGACCAAAGCCUGAGGGAGGAGGUGGGUUAGGUUGGGUUGGGUUGGGAUUUCCACACACAGCUUUUCAGGCAGCACUACUGAUGCACUAGUUCCUCCCUCCCUCUAUUUUCAGUCCUUGGCACACCUGGAGCAUGACACAGCCCACUCUGCUGGGGUUCAUUCCUGCCUCUGGGAAUGGACAUCAGUUUUUCUGGCAUUACACACAGAUCCAGUGUUUUGUUUCCAUGUGCAAAGCGCAGCAAACCAGCCCACAAGUCACUGAACUGAUCCAUGGGCUCUCUGCUCACUGAACCCCAGCCACUCCUGGAGCUGUCAGAGGGACUUUGGUGGCACCUUUAACUCCCCCCCCAACCCCCGACACCGACAGCCAGGGCAGAGUUGUCACAGGCCUGGAAACCACAGCACAGAGCAGCUGCUCAGGGAUUGGUCCUGCA